AUGGACACUCUGGACGGUGUACCCCGAUCGGUGCUUGGCCGCCCGGUCAAGACGCGGACGCAAAUUGUGAUGACCUUCCUGGUGCCGGUGAUCUUCGAGGCGAUGGUGUACAUCGUGCUAACGACGGCCGACGUGCUGGUGACGAUCGAACACUUCCGCAACGGGAACACCGGCUGGGGCUGGACGACGCUCACGCUUAUCUGGCUGCCGUCCAUCGUGUGCUUCUGCUCCAUCGUGUCGACCCCGGAGCGGUGGCCGGAGCAGAUUGGGUGCGACGAGCGAACGCAGAACUUUUUGUUCAAAAACUGCGCCAUACUGCUGUUCUUCCCGCUGGCUGCCCUCAAUCGCUUCAAUCGGCGCAUCUUCUGGAGCAUCGAGUCCCUGUUCCACGAGAAGGGCUCGUACGGGAGAGCGCAAUCGGUGGCGAAGAUCUUGGAAACGUCACCGUGUGAGCUGUACCACUUCCUGCAGGCUUUCCUGCAAGCGGCCCCACAAAUGCUGCUCCAGCUGUACAUUCUGCUGCGCGACGGAACGUUCCGCAACUACGACACGGUGACGGCGCAGGUGAUCAGCGUGGUGUUUUCGUUCCUCACGAUGGCCACCAUCAUCACCACCUAUCAGCGGUUCGAGAGCCAAAAGAUCGUGGGCCGCUGCUACCCGUGGAGCACGACGGAGCAGACGUGCGCACGGCGCAAACACUUGCUUCGCACGACGAGCACCGCCGAGAGUGUGCUGGCCGCCGCCGCCACAACGCCUUCCAUCGCGCCGGAAGCGGACCCGAUCGUGCCGACCAUUAUGCGCAACUUUUACUCCAAGUUCGGCGGAGACCUGCCUGCGGAGGAUACCGGGUCGUUGGAGAGUAUCGGACCACCACCGCUAACGCCGGGCACCCAGCGCAAAACGCUAAACGUGGACGCGAGCAACUUCGAUCGGCAGCAGUCGAAGGGAUACCGUGAUCCAUACGGGUACAAUUUCACCGACGACGACAAAGUAGGCAUGGUGACGGUGGACACGGUGGACCACAACUCUGGCCGCGCACCGCGAGCUGGCCGUGGCGUUAGCUUCAAGCUUCGCGAUACCGAGGAGGAACUGUACGCGAUGGAACAGUACCUGCGCAGCACGGAGGACCUGCAGCACAUCGGCGAGGCGGACAGCGACGAUGAGUACCUGAAGCCGGACAACUUUGACGCGGUGCCGAAGCGGACGGCUCCACCAGCGCCGGAAGCGAACGUGUUUCACCGGGUGUCCGUGUACCGGAACAUGCUGCUCCACAACGCGGAGACGUUCAUCAAGGACAGGGUACCGCGGCUUCCGGAGAAACUGUUCGACCACGGACCGCCGUCGACGGUGCUCGACGAAACCGACGGCGACCGGCUCUCGUUGCCAUCCCGCCGCCGGACCAUCGUCGGGCUCGAGCAGGACGACAUGGUUGGAAAGGCGGUAACGUUCGUCGGCUGGGUGCUGUUCCUGCUGAUGCGCAUGCUGGCACUGUCGACGUUCUACGUGUUCUUCCCGCUGUACUUCUGGAUGCUGUGCGCCAACCACUACCUGCUCAUGAUCGCCUGCAUCGUGUACGAGGUGCGGACCCACGAGAAGCUUGAGCGCUACUUCUUCUACCUCUACCUCGCCUACAUCUACGUGUUUUCGCUGCUCGAGUUCAAGAUCCGGUUCGUCCACGUGCGCUCGUGGUACGUCGGCUACAUCGGGAUCGUGCUGCUCGAAAACGUGGCUAUGCUGGUGGUGUGGUACAACCUGGGGACGUUCGAGUCGUGGUGGUUCCACUUCCUGCACUACGUCAUCAUCGCCAGCGGUGCGCUGAGCGUGAUGUGCUUCCUUUUCUAUUACGCCUUCCUGCGCCCAAAGGACAAGGUGCUGUUCGUCAAUGAAAAUCCGUAA